CUGUCCUUGCUCUCGGCAGUCAUCCUGGCAGUCAAUAUAUCCUCAGGCUAAGCCAAACAAGCUGAUCAGCCAGUCGCCUCUGUACACUCUACCCCCCACUAAGAGGCUAAUGGCCAGGACGUAUAAUCCUUCUCAAAACAACUACAGAGAUGCUAAUUGUAUCUACCUAUAAAUACAGUUUGACUCCUUGUCCUCUUUCUUUAUUCGGCUCUACUCUGGAAACCCGGAGCCGCCAGCGCCGCUUCGCACCGGCUUCUCUGAAACAUUUGUCUAAAUACCAGGAAAGACUCCGUUAGAUAAGAGAGACAGCAGAUACAUGCCGCAAGUGUCAAUGAACUUGCCAUCAUCUGAAAAUAAAGCGAGCAGCGAGCGCACGGAGCUUUACGCACGGUUGGAUACAUCAUUUCUUGCGCCUUGUGAACAUUUCCUACAUUUUUGGUGAGCUACUGAGAAGCAACUAGCCGAGAUGUUCCCCCUGCCGAUGUUCACACCGGACCAGGUCGCCCGGGUGUGCGAGAACUUGGAGGAGACCGGCGACAUCGAGCGCCUCGGGAGGUUCCUCUGGUCCCUGCCCGCCGCCGUCCCUGGCUCCGCCGGGGAAGCGCUGAACCGACACGAGUCCGUGAUGCGAGCGAGAGCGCUGGUCGCCUUCCACGGUGGAAACUUUGAUGCUCUUUACCAGAUCCUCCAAAACCACCGGUUUACGCGCGAAUCGCACGCCAAGCUUCAAGACCUGUGGCUGGACGCGCACUACCGCGAGGCGGAGAGGCUCCGAGGGCGGCCGCUGGGCCCGGUGGAGAAGUACCGGAUCCGCAAGAAGUUCCCCCUGCCCCGCACUAUCUGGGACGGCGAGCAGAAAACGCAUUGCUUUAAGGAAAGAACUCGCAGUUUGCUGAGAGAGUGGUACCUCCAAGACCCCUACCCCAACCCAUCCAGGAAACGCCACUUGGCCCAGGCCACAGGACUCACACCCACACAGGUCGGCAACUGGUUCAAGAACCGCCGCCAAAGAGACCGUGCUGCAUCCGCAAAGAACAGAAUCCAGCAGGAUCCUUCCCUCCUGCCUUCUGAGAGCUCACCUGACGGCUCGCUUCAGGAGCGCCGCCAUCACCCCCACUUGUUGCCUGCCUCCCGCCACCCGGGCAGCCCGGAGGCCAGCGACUGUAGCACAGAGACCGAGCGCAGAGGAACAGGAGCCUCCACUCCAGAGAUCUCCGUCAGCAGCGACAGCGAGUUCGAGUCUUGAGAUGAUGGACUUCUUUUCACAGACAGACUCUCGUUCCCUGUAGAGGCGAGAGCAGCGUCUGUCAUCAGACUCAGACAUAUGUUCAAGACACUGGAACUGUCAGUGGACACACUGGAGGUGUUCUCAGUGGGAGGAGGGUGAGGAGGAGGCCACUUGAUGUGGCUGUGAGUGGACAUUGUAAGGGAAUGACAUGCAAAAACAACAUGCACUUAAAAAAGCACCAUGGCACAUGACCUUGACUGUUAUAUGAAUUAGUUUACAGCUGACCAUCAGCACUGCUGAUAGACAAACAUAGAACAGGUACAUAUAUAUCAACAACAGUGUUUUUCAACGCUCAGAUAAAGUAUUUAGAGAAAUAAUGCCAAUGGUCUUUAGAUAAUGUGAAUAUUAAUAUUUUAAGUUUUGAUACUGGUUUCAGUAAAUAUUUUUGGAUAGAUCAUUUUCUAAUAGUUAUUAUCUAAGCUGCAUAAUUCAUCUGUAUGGAAAUUGUGAGGACACAAUGAACAAUGCCUUGAGUAGGCCAUUAAUAUAUGUAACUACAUUUACAUGCACAUUAAUAACUUGAUUAACUUCAGAUUACAGCCAUAUGCCAACUGUGGAAAGAGUCAUGCAAACAGUUUAAAAACGGUUACAAAGUUGUGUUUUAACACACAAAAUAGGAAUGGGGAGGGGUGGUGGAAAAUUUGGUGUUCAAGUUGAAGCAAAUCAACAUGAAAAACAGUUUGAAUAAAUGUCCAAAAUCACCUAUUUAAUGGCACUAGUAAAAAGAUUCUGGCAAACCAUGUAAACAUUUAAGAUUGCAUUAUUAUUACCUUAAUCUUGUUAUUCAGGUGCAUAUAAACAUAGCAACUGACGAAUUAAACACAUUUCACUGCCUUAAAAAGGAACUAAGGGCAUCACUCUUUUACAAUGCUUAAACAAAUAAUAAGUUUAGACAGACUUAACCUUAUGUACCUAACGACGCACAUGUGCUGCUAAAAUACAGAGCAUUUUGUUACCAGCUGUGUUUUACCUGUUCACUUCUCUUUUGGUUACUGUUUGAAAUAUGCUGCUCUGAUGAUGAAUUCCCGCAGGAGCUGAAACAGAAAAGAUGAAACAGUGAGAAUGUAAAGCACUAAUCGGUCUUAACUCAGUGUGCCUAUUACAUUUGAGAACAGUGAGACCUAGUUGGAUAUGAUGUCAGAACGACACACUCAAAGGCCUACUGUAUGCUGUCUUUCUUACAACCAUCAUUUCUCAUAACACAUUACUGCAUUUCAAUGAAAAGAUGUAUUUUGUAAAUGUUUUAUGUAAAUAAAUGAACCUAUUUUUAUCCAAA